AUGAAGGAUGCCCUUGAAGCUUACGACGAGCUCCAAUGCAAGUACCGUGCAAAAAGAAAGCGCCAACAACAGAUCGUAACGCUUGAUAUGUCUAUUCGUGGUUCGUGUAUGGUGAAUGCAAACUUGCAGAGUGUUUGUGAGUCUGCAACAAAAACAAUCCUCCAAGCGGCUAAAGUUAUUUUUAGUUUUUCGUCCUAUGUCGAUGGUAAACUCAUGGCACGAUCAUCUGCUCAAUAUACGGCCCUAACCCAGUGGUCAGGUACAGAUGAGUAUCUACCUGAUGCUGAGAUUAUUGCUCAUUUGUUGGAUGAAGAUGAGACAACUGUACCUGCAAUCUUGUUUCGCUAUGACAAGCACACCAAUAUUGCCUUGUUGAAGGUUAAUUUAGACUUGUGUGCUAAGAUUCCUAGGUUUAGUAGUGACAUAAACUACGGUCAGGAGAUACUUGUGCUCGGUAGAGAUGAAUGUUUAAACCUGACAAUUGCUCAAGGAUGUGUUAAUUUCAUGGGCCCAACUACAUACGAACGUCAUCAUUAUCUAUUCACUGGUUGUGAGCCUAGCAUUGGAGGAAUGGUUAUUGAUUUUGAUGGACAUGUUUUGGGGAUGGCUAAUUUUCCCGGGACAGCAUAUAUUCCUUCCUCUAUUGUAUUAAAGUGCUUGGAUAUGUGGAAAAAAAUUCAGUAAG